GUGCUUCGUUUCCACGCAUCGACAGUUUUGUUGAUACUGCCACCGAGUUCCGUGCUGUGAUUGAUAUAUUUAGUGUGUUUUAAACUAUUUAGUACAAAAACUAGAUUUUAGACUUCCUGAGGAAGAUGGCGGUGGUGGUGUGGCGAGAGAUAUGCUGUGGUGUGCAGUACCUGCGCGCUAAAUGUUUCUUCAUCGGUUAUUUAAAUUUGAUUGCCAGUACAGUGGACUUAGGCUGCCAUCUCAUCAUAUUAUCAGCUGUAACAAAUUUCUUCUCUUGCGAUGUGGAUUUAAAUAUUCUCCACAAUAUAAACUGGUCAUGGCUGGAGCCCUUCCUAGUCGUCGUCAACAUCGGGACCCACGGCUUCUACCCUUUCCCCCUAGUCCUCGGCUACUACGACAGUCUGGGGGUCCGGGGCACUCCUCGCUGCUACCCUGGCAUGGUCCAUCUGUAUAUAAUAGACCUGAUCAACAUUGUCAUCCAUGUUGUGUGGCUUAGGCUUGUGGUGACAUACAUCAAGGCGCUUUAUAAGAAAGACGCAGACACCAUGCGGAUGUUCUUCAGUUUAUCGGUCAUCAAGAUUAUUCUCCAGCUCAUGCACUUCGCGUACACGCCGCUCCACAUCACCCUGUAUUCCGACACCCUGUAUAAUUCUUACUGGGUACUCAAGAUCCUCGACAUCUGUGUGGCCAUCACGUUCCUGCUGGCGAUGAACAGCUACAUAAAGGCCGUGCGCGCGGAGAAGGCGCCGGCGCUCGCGCAGCCCGACCACCCGCCAUCUUACGACGAGUGCGCCGCGGUCGCGAGGGAGGAGAAAACUGAAAAUAUACCGUAAAUUACCGAUUUGUAGCGACGUAAACAUAAAUAAAGAUUCAUACAAACCUAGAGUCGGAUCGAACUAACUCUGC